UCGAGGCAGAGGUGGGCGCAGACCGUAUGCCCAGACAUGAGGACCGCAAUCGAUGCCAUUAUUGUAUGGCAUUCAUCGCUGAGGCGUUGCGAUACCGUAAUGUCGCGCCGUUUGGCGUCGGACACAAUACGGUGUGCAGGACUACCAUCGAUAAGUAUACGAUACCGGAAAACACGGGUAUUUUGGUAUAUCAGGGAUAUAUUAUGCGCAACGAAAAGGAGUGGGAGAGGGCUAAUGAUUUCAUGCCGGAGCGCUUUCUCGACUCAGAGGGUCAAUUCGUUAGCACCCGACCAAAGGCAUACAUGCCCUUCGGUGUGGGUCGUCGUGUCUGUCCGGGCGAACGGCUGGCCAUCGCUGACCUGUUCCUCGUUUUGGUCCGUUUCCUUCAACGCACCCAACGAUACGAUAUACUCGUCGAUAGCAUUGCCGGCGUAUCAGUAGAUCCACAGAUUCCGGACUCUUCUAAUCCGCCGGAAUUUACCAUAAUUUUUAAGAAGAAAUAA